UGUACUGAGAACUGGUACAUUGUACCGUUUCCUUUGCCUACGCGUCACAACUUGACCAACUACAGUUGAGCGAGGAGGUAUCUGUAGCUGCUCGCACUCCGCCAUGAAGCCCAUCGACGCCACCACGCAUGAAUACGCGCGUAUCAACGUAGGUGUGUCGGCUUCAGGUCGCAUGCAGAUCCACCCGCUUGCGCUUGCGUUGGGAGUCGUGGUUGUAUUCAUUGUGGUCUUCCUGGUGGCUGCGUCCUCGUACCAGAAGCAGCAGGUGCAGAUCAUGGCCCGCAAACUGCUUCGCAAAAAGCGCAAAUCCGUCACAGAAGAGGACAGAGGCAGUGGCGGUGUGAACCCGGUCUCGGAUCUCCCGGGUUUCGCGCGUCAGGCGGCCGAGUCGGGCAACGCGCGCGUCGUCAAGCGCUGGGUCCACUCUACGGACCGGAACGUGGACGCCCGUAGCAACGAAAACCUCACGGCGCUACACUACGCUGUGCGCGGUGGUCACAACGAGUGCACAAGGCUGUUGCUGACAGCCAACGCUGACCCGAACGCUACGGACGAGCGCAGCAUUACGCCCCUACAUCUGGCGGCAUUGGGCGGCCACGCGCUCUGCGUGAAGCUGCUGCUGGACCACCAUGCCGAUCCGUUCCGAGAAGACGUGGACCACCAUACCCCACUGUACAUUGCCGAGCAGAGUGGCAAUAUCGGAUGCGCGCGCUUGUUGCAGCGAGCGAUGGCCAAGGCGGCUGUCCAAGACGACGCGUCCGUCACGCUACGUGCUGGUGCCAGCACCGCCCGUGUCGACAAUGCAGUCUAAGAUCAAAGUUGUCAACGUUCGGAUAACAGAAAAUUUAAUUCAGCAAAAACAAAUAAACGUUUCAAAAUCGUCUAGAUCUCUACAAUUUGGAAUCGCGGC